UGUAAACUGGACCACGGGGCGGACUAUAUUCUAAAAAAGACAUGACGCGGAAAUUAGUCAUCGAUGGUUAUCGUUUCCCUGUUUAAGGAUUAGCCAACGACAGCUAACUAGCUGAGUGCUAGCCGUGCUCGUUAGCAAGCUAACAAAGAGCCGUUUGCUCCUCCUUGCUUUGUAACGCGUUGGGUUCGAUGUUGCCUUUUCAGAUGGCUGUAGUGUCACUUUUACGGCUGAUGAAGAAAUGGUGAACCUGGACUGGAGAAUAUUCAGACUGUCUGCCCAUCCUGCCUUUGCCUACACUAGGGCGUUUGGUGCCUGUGCCUGUUGCAGGCUGUGCGUGUUUGUUCCUCACCAGUGAUUCCUUAUGCUUCAUAGAAGCUGCACCCUGUGUCUUACAGAAUGGAUGGUGUGGACUUAAAGAGACUUGUGUAUCAGCAUCAGCACUCUGCGUUCUGCUGCGGUGUUCAGUCUUUUUCCACUUAUAAGAGAACACCUCCCAUCUUACACCUCCAGUCCCUGCAACAUAUAUAUAAAGGUUGUCUUUAAGCAAUAAAAGAGCGACAGCUGGAGAUAGACGUCGUAAGACUUUCUAUCUUUCUUUUCCUUUUCUUUUUCUUAAAGCACAGAUAGAUACCACUUACUUAAGCCUACAUGGCAGACAUGGAAGUAUCCUUAUUUUAAUUUUUCAGUUAUUGUACCCCCUUACUCUUUGUGUGGGUGGUGGGAUGUCGGAAAAGCCAGACGACAAAAUGGUGAAGUUCCUGGCUCCCCCUCAGAAAAGUGGAAAUGGCCCCAGUUCUGGUUCAGAUUCGAUGGUGGGUGAGUGCCGGCCAGUGGAAGUGAGGCGCCGGCAUCACACCAUGGAGCGUGAUCGAUGUAACCCUGAACACCGGUUUUUACGUCGUAGUGUCAUCAGUGAUUCCAAUGCUACGGCAUUGGCCCUCCCUUUACCCAGCAAGAUCCCCAUCCCUGCACCUCAGCGGGUUCAGCUACGGGAAGCUGCACCCCAGCGGCAAAAGGCUGCUGUUGCUCACCUACCGAAACCUGAAGCAAGUUUAGCUCAAAAUGAAGAGUCGGCUGACGGUGGAAGAGAAAAGCAAGAAGGAAAAGAUACAGAAAUAGCCAAGGUGGAUGUAGUGCCUUCAGAGCAGGGGCCUGCUAUUGUACAAGAUAGCUGUGAUGGAGAUGCGGUGGUAGCAGCCCACUCUGCACCAUGCUUAAGAACCGAAUUGCCAAGUCAAAUAGAAACCGAAAUCGCCACUGAGGUGAAGGUACAUCCAGGAGAAGAGGGGGACGAGGAGGACAAGGAUUCUGCCAAGGCGCGAGCAGAGGCAGAGCAAAGAGAAUUAGAGAAAAAAGCGCAGGAUGACAACGAAGAGGCAGAGACCAAAGCAGUGGGAACAUCACCCGAUGGACGUUUCCUGAAGUUUGAUAUAGAAAUUGGACGGGGCUCCUUCAAGACUGUCUACAAGGGCUUGGACACUGAGACCACAGUGGAAGUGGCUUGGUGUGAGUUGCAGGAUCGUAAGCUGUCAAAGGCAGAGCGGCAACGCUUUAAGGAGGAAGCCGGCAUGUUAAAGGGACUCCAGCAUCCCAACAUUGUUCGCUUUUAUGACUCCUGGGAGGGACCGUCCAAAGGCAGGAAGUGCAUUGUAUUGGUCACAGAACUCAUGACUUCUGGCACACUCAAAACAUAUCUGAAGCGUUUCAAGGUGAUGAAAAUUAAAGUGCUGAGGAGCUGGUGUAGACAAAUCCUCAAGGGACUCCACUUCCUUCAUACUCGGGCUCCUCCAAUCAUCCAUAGGGACCUUAAGUGUGACAACAUUUUCAUCACAGGCCCGACAGGAUCUGUCAAGAUUGGAGACCUGGGACUAGCUACGCUGAAGCGCGCAUCAUUUGCCAAGAGUGUUAUAGGUACCCCUGAGUUCAUGGCGCCUGAGAUGUAUGAGGAGAAGUACGACGAGUCAGUGGAUGUGUAUGCCUUUGGAAUGUGCAUGCUGGAGAUGGCCACCUCAGAGUACCCUUACUCAGAGUGCCAGAACGCUGCACAGAUCUACCGCAGAGUUACCAGCGGGGUGAAGCCAGGCAGCUUCGACAAGGUGGCCAUUCCUGAAGUGAAGGAGAUCAUCGAGGGAUGUAUUCGCCAAAACAAGGAUGAGAGGUACUCAAUCAAGGACCUUCUGAACCAUGCCUUCUUCCAGGAAGAUACAGGCGUGCGUGUGGAGCUGGCAGAAGAGGACGAUGGAGAGAUGCAGGCUAUUAAGUUGUGGCUGAGAAUUGAAGAUAUAAAAAAGCUAAAGGGGAAGUACAAAGACAAUGAAGCUAUUGAGUUUUCGUUUGACCUCAACAAAGAUGUCCCAGAGGAUGUGGCUCAGGAAAUGGUUGAGUCUGGUUAUGUGUAUGAAGGUGACCACAAGACCAUUGCAAAGGCCAUAAAGGACAGAGUGUCUCUAAUCAGUCGCAAGAGGGCUCAACGUCAGCAGGUCAGAGAAGAUCAAGAGAAGAGAAGGCUAGAGGAAGAACUACAGAACCAGUCACUGCCAGCACAACAACCAGGCCAACAGCCUAGCAUGGAGGUGUCUCAGUCACAGCCAGUGCCACAGCCUGCUUCUUAUGUCCCUCCACAGCCUACCCAACACAGCACACAGAUGCCUGCCCAACCAGCAUCUCAGCAGAGCCUUCAGGGCUCCAACUACAACACUCCACAACCACAACUCACUGGCAUGACGCAGGGGGCCCCUUAUGUCCCCCAGUCAAUAGGGCAAGUCCCAGUCCCACUUCAGGGUCCAAGUGGAGCUGCCAUCCAGCCAGAGUCAGAGGAGCCUGAGGCUGACCAACACCAACACCAACAGCUGCAGCACACUGGAGGAGUCAGUCACAUGGGAGAUAAACUACCUGGUUCCACCAUCCUUCCUGAGGCCCAGCCUCCUCAGCCUGGAGUAUCCUACAGCUCUCCUCCCAGUCAGCACCUCCAGCCCCAGGCAUCAUCCCUGCAGACACAAAAUGAUCAACCACAGCAGCAGCAGCUGUCAGUGGUUCAACCCCAGAUGCAGGGUGUCCAGCCUGAAGUUGUUCCUGUUGCACCCACCAACCAGUCUGUUCCAGGAGCACCUCCACAGUACGGAGUUUACUACCAACCAUCGCUCCCCCCUCAGAUUCCCUCCCAGCAAGUGAUCUUACCCCCGUCCUCUCAGUCGUCUCUCCCCCAGCAACAGCCAGAGAGCAGCAGUAUUCUUCAGAGCUCUGCUCUACCACAAGCACAGCCUGGAGCUCAGCAGCUACAGGCUCCUGUGAGUAUUCCUCAGUCAGCACCAGUGGAUCAGCCAGCAGGGUCCUCAGUACUAGCGCCACCUUCUGCCGACAGCUGCCUGUCGGAUGCAGCUUCAGGUCUCAGUGACGGUAAUGAUGGAAGUUCUACAUCAGGAGGUCGACAUGAGGGCCGCUCGCUGAAGCGUCACCAGCGGCGGUCCGUACGCAGCCGCUCCCGCCACGAGAAGACCACAAAGGCCAAACUGAAUGUUCUGAGUAUCUCUAAUGUGGGCGACAGAGUAGCCGAGUGCCAGCUGGAAACGCACAACAGGAAGAUGGUGACCUUCAGAUUUGACCUUGAUGGCGAUAACCCAGAAGAGAUCGCACAGAUCAUGGUUGAAAGUGAGUUCAUCCUGGAGAGUGAGAGAGAGUCCUUCAUCGAGCAGGUCCGUGAAGUCAUAGAAAUGGCUGAUGAGAAAGGAGAGGGCAUAAAGGAAGGCUUUCCCCAGAUGAGUGAUCAACAACAGCCCGAGCUGUCUGUCCCCAUGCUGCCAGGUAUUUCUCCCAGCACUACGGCUCAAGUGGUGCAUUCAGCAGGACGAAGGUUCAUAGUCAGUCCAGUGCCAGAGUCUCGUCUUAAAGAACAGUUCUUUGGAGGUUCCUCUGCUAAUACCUCCUUUGGAGAUGAACCUGCUACAGCUCCCCAGAUGACAUUGGGCCUUUCUCUCUCUGCUCCAUCUGGGAUUCUCCAGCAAGCUUUCAGUAAAAUGAAGCAGACUCAUGUAGAGAGAGGCAACACCAUUGAUCUCCCUACUGCUGAGCUGGAACCAGGCACUGUCCCGCCCACUGAGGCUGGCCCAAACUCUAACAAUAGCCUGACUCCUCCAGAAACUGUAGCGUCCACCACUAGCACGACUUUUCCUAGUGGGUCUCUCACAUCUACUGCAGCAUCCUCACCUCCUUCCUCGGCGGGGAGAGUUUCCCCUCCACCUUCAUCUCUUCAGUCCAAGUCCGUCACCAGUGAUCCCAGUCCACCACCCCAGACUUCCCAUGAAACAGCCCCCUCACAGCUUCCAGCAGCUGCUAGCAUCCCUCCCUCAUCGUCCAACAUUUCUCCUCCAUCAACGCAGACGUCCGUCCCUGCAGCACCUGGGCCUCAGCUGAGCAGUAGUUCUGUUUCUGGUGGUACGUCCAGUAGUGCUGGAACUGUCUCCACUUCAGAGCAGCAGCCGUUUAAUAGCGGUGUUACGUCCUCUCAGCCUAUGAAUUCAUCCAACCAUGCGCAACAGCACACGACCUCCCAACCCAUUUCUGCUCAGCCCGCACCUCCCAGUCAGAGCCAGGUCCAGCCACAGCCAGUGGAGGCAGAGGGGGCCGAGCUCCAGACCAAGAACGCUGGCAGAGAUGACAUCCAAGCUCUAGAUAAGAAGCUACGGUCCCUCUUCAAAGAUCAGAGCUCUGCCUCCUCAGCAUCAGCGGAUCCCAGUCAGAACACGGGGACCUCCUCUCCUCCUGCUGGGACUUCUUCCCCUCCACCUGGAUCCGCCAUAGUGCCACCAUCUAACCUUCCUCUCACCUCUGGGGCACCGAGUGUCCUGGGCCCCACAACCACCCCAGGACAGGGAGUCACCCCGGCAGGACACGCCCAGACCCCUCCAACUAAGCCCAGGGCACAAACUUUACCUACUGGUUUUGACCAAGCUGCUACACCCCCUUCUGACCUUGUGCCCCCUUUUCCUGGACCAAACCAGUCACAGCAACCUCUGGGUAAUUUGGACGCCCAGUUGAGGAGAGCUCUGAGUCCAGAGACUGUUCAAGGAGGUAGCACAGCCCAGCCUCCAGCAGCAGGUUUCACUCUCGGACGUUUCCAAGUGUCUGUUGCCACUGAUGGUGCGUCCAGCAGUGUGCCAGAUCCCUCCAGUGUCGUUUCCUCUUCUUCUCUUACGCCGUCCUCGACUUCCUCUUCGUCAUCUUCUUCGUCAUCGUCCUCUUCCCCCUCGAGUCCAGAAAAUACCCUCCACCGAUCAUCCACUCUGUCCAAAGGAGUCUGUCAAACUGAUUCUAUAAAUGGAGCCUCAUCUCAUUCGGUCGGUCCUGCCAGUCAGUCCACCACUAUUGGGCGCUUCCAAGUUUCCGCGAGCAACAACGCCACAUCUCAGCCAGACGCUGGCGCUAAAGUGGGCCGAUUUUCCGUCACAGUGACCCCUGCUCCAGCAGCAAGCCCCAGUCUGUCACACGGCUCCAGUAUCCAGAACGGACCCUCGUCCUCGACCUCUGACCCCCAGAACACACAUGCCCAUUAUAGUAGUGACAAUGACGAUGACUCAGAGAAGGAGGAUGAAGCCUUGCAGAAAGAAAUCAGCCGUCUGAGAGAAAAACACAUGAUGGAGAUUCAGGCUUUGCAGACACGUCAGAAAGAGGAGAUCGAGGCCCUGUUCACGCGGAUGGGAAAACCUCCUCCCCCUUCUGUCCUCUCCCCUGCUGUUGCCAUGGCUGGAGGUCGACGUAGGCUCAAAAGCAAAGGCCACAAAUCUGCUCGCAAUAGUGGACAGCCCAGCCCCAUACACUCAGCCUCGCCUCAGAGUCAUGGUUCAGAGUCCCCUCCUAAACAAAGCUCACACUCAGCAACAGAGGCCUCAGAAACUGCAGCAGAGGCAUUUCAAGCAGCAGGCAGGUCGUCCAUACCGCAGCUCACAUCCUCUCCAUCCAUGCCGAGCCUCAGUACUUGCUCCACAGGAUCAAGUGGGACCAGCUCCACAAAUGGUUCAGGCCACUGCCAGAGCCACUCUACUUCGCUUUCCCAGGCCUCUGGACUCACUGCUCCUGCCUCUCACACCCAGAAGGGCAAGGGCACCUUUACUGAUGACCUGCACAAGCUGGUGGAUAACUGGGCCAGAGAUGCCAUCAGCCUCUCCCAGUGCAAGAGAGGUCCUAAAACUGGAGCACAGGCAGCCCUAGGACAUGAUAUUAUCCCUCCGGCCAACAUGGGACGUAAAUUUUCCGCUCCAGGCUACCUCUGCCCGACACUUCCCACGCCCUCCAACUCCACGUCCACCACCGGCACUCACCUCCCCAACCCAGCCAAUCCCUCCGUCUCCCUGGGGCCCCGUAAAGGCUCUCUGGGCCCAGUUGCCCAGAGUUUCGGAUACGCCUCAGCCCCGUACAGUGCUCCCCAGUGGGCAGGACCCACAGGCACAUGCCAGGUCAGCAUGCUUAACCCGGCACAGCCGCUGACUCAGUACCAGCCGCCUACGACAGCCUCUGCACCCCUGCACCAAGGCUACCACAUGGGAACUACAUCAGCCCCCCAGAAAUCAGUCAGCCCCGGAGGGUCCAACUUGAGGCCCACGUAGCCCAGUCUGAGCCCCGGUCCAGGCUGAGAUGGAGGGCCACACAGGGCAGAGAGGUCGUUGAUCGACAACCACGACCCCUCUUUGCAGUUUUGCUGGUUAGCUGGCUUGGUAUUGUGCAUUUUAUUUCAACUUUUAAUAUUAUGUGUUAUUUCUGUAAUACAGUUGACCUGUGUGGUUCAAGUCCUCUGGGGCAGAACGGAAAUCUGCCUGGCAAUUGGAGGGAGAGUGCAAUACACAUCCACAGCACAAAAAGUCUCACACUUAGCCUGCCAUUAGCUGUGGAAACGAGCUGUGACGAGUCGGUUGGUUGUGUCGACCCAAAGGCAGAACCAACAGCAGCCAAAGAUGUCUUUCGAGUGCAGACGUUGCAAUAUCGUCAUUCCUUUGAAGGGGGGAGAGUUAGGGAGGGACUGUGGUUCAAAAUUCUUACUGGUCUGGACUUUAAGCCAAGCUGGGACUGAAGACAGUUGAAGUAAUACACCGCAGACAUGCAUGCACACACACACACACACACACACUGACUAAACAUUAACCAGCUUGAGUGACUUGGGAUGGGAGGUUAGGUCGAGUGGUCUCAGUGAGCGAGGGGAGAAUGUGAGUGUACAGGAAGUGACACAGAAGAGUGGGACGUUGGUUUGUCCUACAUGGAGCAGUGACUGGUCGAGUUAGCGGAAGAAAGACUUUGUAAGUUAGGCAGGAGAAUGGGUAGGGUUGCAGUAUGAAUACAUCCCUGUGGCAAUAAUGGUAAAGUAGAUAAACAGUCCCUUGUAACUGUGGCCUUAAUCCCCAAACACAUUUAAAACAUUGGCUCUGUACAUAGAAUUUUCUUCACUGGGUUAUGAUUCUACAUUUAACAUAUUUAUGUCUCCGUGAGAGUCUGGUGUCAUUGUGAUUUGAGUUGUCUAUCAUACAGAUUAUUAUUAUUACUGAUUUAUUCUUCACAUCUGACAUGUAAGCCAGUGGAUCUGCCACACGAAGAAACUGGUGUUGACCGCCAUUCAGAGUUUGGAACUGGUGAGGUGAUGCUGCUGUAGAUCACGAGCUGAGUAGAGGGUGUUUGCAGGGUGAUAAGUUGUUUGUCUAUUUUUGUUUUUGGUUUUAGUGUUUUUCUCCCAAAUGGACACAUGAAACCACUUCACUUUGUGCUGAACUGUGACAUGUGGACAGUUCGCAAUCUGCUUCUCAUAUCAUCUUGAAAAUUGAGCAGUUUUUAUUUUUUAGCAUAGUAUUUGAGGAAGAUUUCAGACUCUGUGGAGAGCGUCCCACUUCUCCCAGUCGUUUACACCGAUGAACAGGUUGUCAGUGAAGUCCUGUCGCAUCAAAAAUAUUUCUACCCAUAACAUUUAUCUGUGACCUCUCAAAUCACAAGUGUCUGGGGUUCUCUCCUUCUGUGGUCUGUUUUUGUAUGCGUAUAUUUAAUAAAACAAACAACAAUGUUCUUUAUGGACCUGUAUUCAGCCAUCAGAUUUUGAUGUUGUUUCACUGUAAUUACUAUUAAAGGUUGUUAAACAACAUGUAGUUAAAGGAA